AUGGUUAAAAACGUAUUAACUGGUUACCGAUAUACUACCGACAUGAAGAUACAACAACUAUUAGCCGUAAUUGAAUGGUGGUCGCGGAGCACAAUCACCAUAUAUUUCCCGGACGACCAGAGUAGGCACGGGUGGGGUCGGGAGUCAGCCAUACUGUUAUCCAAUCAUCGGUACGAAAUUGACUCCUUAGCCCUACUACAGGCCGCGUACGCCAUAGAGUGCCCACAUGUCAAGUACUUUAUCAAACGCGAGUUCCGAUUCGUGCCAGUGAUAGGGUGGACACUUGCGUUCGGCGAAUCUAUAUUCCUGGACCGGGACUGGCGGCGGGACUCGCGUACCAUUGGACCCGCGUUGGGCCAACUCUGGCAACACAGGCGCCCAGUUAUGGUAGCGUUAACAGCGGAGGGCACACGAUAUACACCAGAUAAAUACAAGGCUAGUCAGAGGUGGGCCCAGGAAAAGAACCUCCCGGUGCGCUAUAAGCAUCAUUUGAUUCCCCGGGUAAAGGGCUUUGUGCUUAUGGUCAGACGUGACUUUGAGGAUCCAAACGCAGCCGUGUAUAACAUCAAGUUUGCAUUCGAUGAGACUAAAGUGACGCCCAGUUUGUUAAACUAUAUACAGGGUGUUCCCCAACACUGUUCGCUAUACGUUAAGCGAAUACCAAUCGAUUCCAUACCUAGCGAUAAUGAUCAACACGUCGAGCAGUUUAUGUACGGACUUUUCACUGUAAAGGACAAAUUAAUGGAUCACUAUAUCCGACAUAAAACAUUCCCGGGCACACCUGUACACUAUCAGCCCUGUCAUACGGCCCUAUUUCAUUAA